AUGGGGAGUAUUGUAACUACCGCUCAAGAGGCACGACUGCUCUGUCGGCACAACCAACUCACCAACACCGCAGGGAGGGCUCCUGGAUACUUACAAGCCAACCUCCUAGUGCUUCCUGCACGAUAUGCCUCCGAUUUCCAUAACCUAUGUCUUCGCAAUCCAGUGCCAUGUCCGCUGCUAGGAAUGACCGCAGUCCCAGGCAACCCAAGUGCGAUUCGACCUGCGAAGUGUAUUCGGUCAAAGGACUUUGAUAUUCGAACGGAUUUCCCCAAAUAUCGAGUAUACUCGGAGGGAAAAUAUGUCGAGAGUCGUCGAGACUUGUUGGACGUGUGGACAAAUGAUCAUGUUGGCUUUUUGAUCGGAUGUUCGUUCUCGUUCGAGGAUGCCCUAAUAGCAGCGGGUUUGCCACCGCGUCACCAGAAGACGCACACGAUAGUUGCCAUGUAUCGAUCUACCAUUCCCUUGCUCCCCGCGGGCAUAUUCACGGGAGGAUGUUGUAUUGUAUCAAUGCGACCGUAUCGCCCAGAGCAGAUCGAGAGAGUGAGACAAAUCACACGCGCGUAUAUUUCGACACACGGAGAACCUGUCGCCUGGGGAUGGGAGGGUGCAAAGCAACUGGGAAUCGACGAUGUGGAAAAGCCGGACUUUGGAGAGCCACAGCAGUUUGAGGAAGGCGAAGUCCCUGUUUUCUGGGCCUGUGGAGUAACACCACAGUUAGCCGUGGAAGCUGCAGGUAAAAAGAUCGACGGGCUGGUCUUCUCUCAUGAGCCAGGGCAUAUGCUAGUCACCGACUGGACAGCAGAAGAUCUACAGAAGCUUCAGCCUGAAAGUGUUUAG